AUGAUGACCACAGGUGACAUGCGUGGGCGGGGCCAGCCUCUGCCCCGCCCUCAUGACCCUCUAGACCGAGGUGACGAAGACCAGGACUGUGAGGACCACCGACCUGAUGGUGGCGUGCUAGACCGAGGUGACGAAGACCAGGACUGUGAGGACCACCGACCUGAUGGUGGCGUGCUAGACAGAGGUGACGAAGACCAGGACUGUGAGGACCACCGACCUGAUGGUGGCGUGCUAGAUCGAGGUGACGAAGACCAGGACUGUGAGGACCGCCCUGAUGGUGGCGUGCUAGACCGAGGUGAUGAAGACCAGGACUGUGAGGACCCACCUGAUAGUGGCGUGCUAGACCGAGGUGAAGAAGACCAGGACUGUAAGGAUCGACCUGAUGGUGGCAUGCUAGACCGAGGUGAAGAAGACCAGGAUUGUGAGAACCGCCGACCUGAUGGUGGCGUGCUAGACCGAGGUGACGAAGACCAGGACUGUGAGGACCGCCCACCUGAAGACGAGAAGGCGUCUUCUGAGUGGUCCCGGCGGACGCGCUACACGGAGGCAUGCAAGCGCUUCAAGGUGGUCCCGGUCUCCUAUGUCGUGCAGCACUUGCAGGAAGACCGCUUGUCCUUGGCGCACCGUGGACUUGGACCUCAGGGCGCCAAAGCGCUGGCGGUCGCCCUGGCAACCAACACUUCAAUCCUCAGCCUCAACCUGCGAGAUAAUGGCUUGGAGGGAACGGGAGGAGCGGCCGUCGCCGACGUGCUGAAGGAGAAUUGUCACAUUACAGAGGUGGACAUGUCCGACAACCGUGUCGGGGACGUAGGCUGCCAGGCCGUGUCCUCCAUGCUGAAGGAGAACAACAGCCUGCUUCGUCUGGACCUGUCAGGCAAUCGUCUUGGCGACCAGGCUGCGGAUCACCUGAGCCCCGCCCUGCACCGCAACGCCACCCUGCAGCGUCUGGACCUGAGCCACAACGCUCUGGGAGAGCGAGCAGGACUUACUCUGGGAGACGCUCUGUCGGAGAACACCGGCUUGCGAUGGUUGAGUCUGGCCUGGAACAGCAUCGGAGGAAGAGGAGCUGCCGUCUUGGCCAACGGGCUCGGGGGAAACUUCUUCCUAAGAAGUGUGGAUUUGUCUUAUAAUGGCUUUGGCAAGGAAAGAGCUCGGGCUUUAGGACAAGCUCUUAAAGACAACAAUGUCCUGGAGGAGCUAAACGUCAGCAACAACAGAAUCCCCCCUGAAGGAGCCGCCUACCUCGCCUGCGGCCUCAAAGUCAACAAGACCCUCCGAUGCCUGAACCUGGGUCGGAACCCCAUCCAGAGUGUCGGCUGUUCCAGAAUCCUCAAGUCCAUCCAGGAGAACCCGGAUCCAGCCGUGGAGGAACUGAACUUUUACGACAUUGCGGUGAACCAGGAGUUUGAAGACCUGUUCAAGACUGUGAGGGACAUGCACCCGGCGCUCACGGUCCACCAUGGCGGCAAGAUCGGCAUGUUCGGGAACACGCAGCCCGCUAACAGCCAAGGACUUCAAGGACCUCAACGAAGAUAAGACGACAGCACGCAGACGAAGAAGAGACAAGGCGAAGUCACAAGGCCCCC